GGAAGUGUCUGUUUUAGAUGACACCGGACAGCAGUUAUUUUUAUUAAUGUGUCAGUAUGGGCUCUGGUGCACUGCCUCUCAUUCUCUUGCUGAUGUCCUUCAUCCACGCUGGACUCACUCAAGAGAGAGUAAAAGCUGUAUUGAAGGUGACUCCAGAUGAGCGUGUGUUCAGAGGAGAGAUCGUCACUCUCACAUGUGACAUUCAGGGAACAGGAGACAUUCAGUGGACAUACAGAUGGUUUAGAAAUGGAAACACAUUCUAUCCAUACACAACAACAGCAGCAGAGAUCAGUUUCACAGCUGAUGUGUAUUACAGUGGUGAAUACAGCUGUAGAGGAGAAACAUACUCACAGAGAUCAUCAUACCCCAGUUCUGCUGUUACACUGACUGUAUCAGAUUCCUCCAGAUCUUCACUGACUGUGACUCCAGACAGUCCUGUAUUCACUGGAGAGACAGUCACUCUGACCUGUGUGAUUGAGACUUACAAUUACUGGGGAUGGAGAAUUGACCAAACAUAUAACUGGAGAUAUGAGUGGUAUAAAGACACAGACAGUGUAAUGUUACAGACGUCUGAUCGUUACACUGUAGACAGAGACACUCUCACUAUCAGAGGAGUAAUUACAUCUGAUCAGGGUCAGUACUGGUGUAGAGGACAGAUAAGAUCAGUCUCAUCUCAAUCAAACUCUACUGUUUCUCUCUCAGUGAAAGGUGAGUUGAAUAUCACUGUCCUUCUGCACUACAUGUAUGAUCACAUAUCCAAUCAAAAGACUUUCUCAUUCUCAGAUGUUACAUUCACACCAAUCAUAAAUAUUAUUGUUCCACUUCAUUUGAGGGUUUGAUUAUUUCUCUUUUAACUUGUUAAAGAGCUGUUCACACAGGAGCUGUGCUUACUCCUUUUUGGAGUGAGAUAUAAUCCACAAGAUUGUUUACCUUCA